AUGGCUAGUGAACUUGUUCAACAGUGCGACGUUGACAUAGGUAUAGUUCUUUUUUCUUCGAAGGAUAUGCCUCAUUCAUUUUUUCAUCCAACUGUUGAAGCAGUUGCUCAUCGUUUUUUGAAUCCUAAUAAGGAAUUAAGUCAAACUACACAACUUGUUGGGACACAUGUUCGAAACAAGGUGAUUAAAAUCAACAACUUACUUGAAGAGUUUGAAAUUAGAGAAGAGUUUGCAAACAAACAAACGCUUCAUCUUGACGAAGCGAGAAAGGCUAGGAAAAUAGGUUGGUGGGAGCAUAUUGAAAAAUUCAACGCAGAUGACUUAAUCAAGUUUGAAGCUUGGUUAAAUGCUACUGAUUUCAACAUGAGAUAUCGUCUGAAACAAUUGGAAAAUAAAGUUGCAUCUUCAUCACAAACUUCUCUUGAGAAUGCUAAUGAGUAA